UUGUCGAUGGAGGUGGUGGCGGACAUGGUAAUCACGAAUCGUAUCGAGCAUGCGCUGAGCCAGAUCUCCGGAGUGCUACUGCCAUGGGCAUGAUGGUGGGUACUGUCUGGUCGACACACCAUGUUUCACAUGUUAGUCCGAGUCAUGCUGCUCUACGGUUGGCGAUAUGUGGCAGUAAGAAUGCAUGAUCCUUCUCUCUUCUCGCAGUGGCUCGUUGCGACUAUCAACACAACCCUAAACAAUGGACUACCAGAACCGCGCUGGAUCUAAGUUCGGCGGUGGAGGUGUCGCCUCGCAAAGCGCGACCAACGCUGACCGGAGGGAACGGCUACGAAAGCUUGCACUCGAGACCAUCGACCUCGACAAGGACCCGUACUUCUUCAAGAACCAUGUCGGCUCCUUCGAGUGUCGACUGUGUCUUACCGUCCACCAGAACGACGGCUCAUAUCUCGCCCACACCCAAGGUCGCAAACACCAAACUAACCUCGCUCGUCGCGCAGCCAAAGAUGCACAGCUUGGCAAGCGGCGCGAAGAGGAAGGCUAUACCGGCGCCAACGCCGUCCAGGUGCGUCGCAACGUGGUCAAGAUUGGUCGCCCGGGCUAUCAGAUCACCAAGACUCGCGAUCCAAUCACGCGCCAGCAAGGACUACUCUUCCAGAUCCAGUACCCGGAUGUGGGCACGGACGUUGUGCCGAGGGUGCGCUUUAUGAGCGCGUACGAGCAGAAGGUUGAAGAGCCAGACAAAGCCUACCAGUACCUUGUGGUGGCGGCAGAGCCGUACGAUACUUGCGGCUUCAAGUUGCAGGCGAGGGAGGUGGACCGCAGCUCGGACAAGUACUGGACGUGGUUCGAUCAGGAUAGCAAAGAGUUCUGGGUGCAGAUUACCUUCAAGACGGAGCGAGAGGAGCGGUAUAGCGGUGUUCCAGGUUUGGCACCGAGUGCGUCGAGAGGCCUGCGAUAAGCGGAUGUCUUGGCGUUCCCGGACGAAUGAUUAUGAACGCGGUUACACCUGUGGUUGAAGCAGAGUAUAUGACGAGAUCAUGUACUUCACCGGCUUGGCACGACGGACGGAGAAACGGUGGUGGAGUAUAACGAGCUCGCUCACGCUCCCAAAGGUGAUUGACGCCUGUCGUGACCGAACUGCGGCUGCCUGCCACACCCUCGUCCGCUUCAAGGCAUUGCUUUGUCACAAGCUAGCGCAGCAUAAAGCUAGGCGAGUGUCCUCUGUCUGCCUUAGGUCGCCAAC